CCGCACUAGCACUAGAUCACACUUUUAAAGUCUCUCUAUAACUCCGUCAGUCGAAGAAAGCGAAGCAGGACAAGAUGUUCCCGAAACACUUUUUGACCCUCUGUGGCCUCGUGCUGUUCGUCGCCAUCGCCAGCGGAGUGAGCGCACGCUCCGCCGAGGAGUCAGAGGUUCCCCAGAACGAAGUUUCACACGGCGCCGAGGAGGACAACCCCCUUCUGGCAGCCGCCGUCCGAAUCCUAGCCCGUGCUUUUGCGUGGGCCGCCAAACACUGCCUCGAACAAGCCGCCAAUGCCUGCAAACAGAACUGGAAGCACCCAGGAGAGCUCGUCAAGUGCGGAGGCCACUGGUUGGCAGCAAACAAGGGACGUUGCGUCGUCGGUUGAACCGAUGGAUAGUAUUCUCUUAUAAUAUUCUAACUAUUACAAUAAGAUAAUUUUGUAUGAUACCUCUUAAAUUUAGUUUUUGUAAGAUAUUGUUUAUAAUUUUCGUGAAUAUGUACAAGUAAAACUUAAUAAAAUGCUUUUUCUAAGACUAAAA